AUGCUAGCGCUAUCGGAAUGUUCUACAGAAGUCACAGCUGCCCUGGGACAUACUGACAGAAGCAAGGUCACUUUCCCAAUGGACUUCUCAUCUUUUAUGGAUAUUCGCGGAUGGCCAGUAACGUUCGGACUAUUAUUAAUUUUCCUCAAUCUUCUCUAUUGGUAUUCUAUAUAUCCCUUUUCAGUGCUCAGAGAAUGUGGCAUCACUCACCCCAGACCAAUACCCUUUUUGGGGAAUAUUUUUUUGUUUCGUGAGGGUUUCUAUAAUGCUAUGACAGAGCUCAUUAAGACACAUGGUAGAGUGUGUGGGUAUUACUUGGGCCGCAGACCGGUGGUGGUGAUCGCUGACCCUGAUAUGCUCAAAGAGGUGUUGGUCCGAGAUUUCAGCAACUUCCCCAAUCGAAAUUCCUUCCGAUUUGCCACGAAGCCCAUGAGUGAUUGUUUGCUGUUGUUAAAAAGCGACGAGUGGAAAAGAGUCCGCAGCAUCCUUACCCCAUCUUUCAGCGCAGCCAAAAUGAAAGAGAUGGUUCCACUCAUCAACACAGCCACCAACGCUCUGAUGGACAAUCUUAAUGUGUACGCAGAGGCAAAUGAGGCCUUCGACAUCCACAAAUGUUUUGGCUGCUUUACAAUGGACGUCAUUGCCAGUGUGGCCUUUGGUACUCAGGUGGACUCCCAGAACAACCCGGACGACCCGUUUGUGCACCACGCGCAGAUGUUUUUCUCGUUCUCUUUCUUCAGACCCAUCAUGCUGUUUUUCAGUCCCGUCCUUGUUCGCCUAAGGCCCCCUGGCCAGGGGCCCUGCUUACGUUUUCCCACCAGUGCGUCGCCUGCCGGUCCAGCUGCGGGAUCAAACAGGAAGGAGGUCGGGUGA